AUGACUUUGCUCCACGAAGAACAAGUGACACCUCGCAGCAGUACACCCCUCAGCCCCGAAGUGGCCGAGAACCUGCGCCAAUUUAAUCGUUCACCCCAUCCAUACCACAGAAGCCAACGCAUCGGCUCGAGCACCCCCUCCGAAUACGGGGACCUCCUCCACCCCCUCUCCUACUCAAGGUCCUCGCGCACGCCUAGCGACAGCGGCACCGAGGCAGACGAUGAGAGCACCGGGAUACUUCGAGGCCUACCCGCCCCGCCAUUGCGCCUACAUAAGGGCCUGAGGUCUGGGGAGGGGGAUUCUUGGUUGCCAAGCUUACGGCCAUGGCCUUCGUUCGCGCGACCUGUCUCGCGCACUUCACGGCGGAGCUCCGAUGAGGAGAUGGAGGAAGAGGCCUUCGAGGCUAGAACGAAGUUUAGACAAACCAGACGAAUUGAGGUGCUGCGUCGGUUACUGGAAGCUGCGCUUUUGAUAUCUGUUGGCGUUGUCGUGCUGUACCAGAACGGCGCGCGGUCCGUAGCGUGGGCCUGGAAGAAAGAGAUUAUUACCCAUUGUAUCGUGGUGAUGAGCCUCUAUGCCGCCUAUCCGCUUCUCGUUCGUGCAUCCCAAGGCCGAAGCUGGCGCAUCUGGCACAUCCUGUCUACGAAACGCUCGCUCUUCUCUCUCCCCGCGAGUUUCGACCCGGCUCCCCUCCUCUAUCCGAUCCUGAUCCCGAUCUUUGUUUCACUAUCUCUGUCUGGUCACGUCCCAGUGCUUAUUAUGCCUAAUAUCAUCCUCAGUCUGUCCUCUCUACCCGCGCCUGUUAUCCCACUACAAAACUGGACGCAUGGACUUAGCAUCUCGCAUUGGAUGGUGACAUUGAUUCCACUUGUCGUCUCCGAACACUUUUCCCUGGACUCUACCAUCCCAAAACCACUGUCGCUUCGAGGGUUCGAUGCGGAGUCCCUAAUUCUUCUUUUCCCUUUGCAUCAAGCGUUGAUACCCACUUUAGACUUCUUGUUGACGACCAGCGUUCUUCCUGCAGAGCUGCAGCUUUUGACGACUGCUUUGAUCAAUCUGUACUUGUUCGCUGAAUCUCCCCAAGCGGAGAUUUUAAAAGCCCUGUUAUGGCUUGGUGGCAUGUGUUUAUUCGCUUCAUGUCGACACAUCCUGCGUUGGGAGGUUGCUCUGGCUCGAAUUCCUAGCUGGAAGUUCCGCCGUCCCCCGAACAGCUCGCAUUCUGCGCGAAAAUUCUUGAACAUGCUUGACCAUCGACUUUGUGAGAAACUAAGUCGGACUGGUGCCUCGGACGAUGCUUCAUCAGAUAGCGAUGUUCCGAAUGGACAUUCGUUUGCGAGACCGCGCAAGACGAAGACUAUGCAGAUGACUUCUCAACGUGGUCCUUCGGCAGAGCCUGCAUCUGCGGUUGAAAAGACCCUCACUGAGGAAAUGUUCGAGCAAUAUUCUCGCAAGAUGCAACGCCGACGCCAUACCAUUUCUACGUUUGAUGAGGCUGUUCGAGAGGAGCGCGUUCGAACCACGGCUGGUGGCCGACGCAAGAAGCAGAUGGCUCCUGGUCUUACUGCCUUCCUAUCGCUCACUCAUGCCCAGGCACAGGUCCGCAAAUGGCUGUACGCCUUGCUCGUUUACAUUGCGUCCUUGCUGAUCAUCAUCGGACCUAUUCGGAACUAUGUGGCAGAGCGCGCUCUACAAGGCCGAGAUCCGUUUGGUUGGGCUGUAGGAUAUCUGUUCGGCAACUUCUCCAACGUCCGCUUCUGGAUUCUCAUGUUGAACCUGGAAUACUGGAUUGAACUGCCCCCUCGGCUUGACGAAGAUGUUCUCAGUGCAUCUUGCUUCUUCGGGUCGAUCGAACAUAUCCGCCAGACUACAUUCGGUGCAGCUAGCACUCGCCUCCUGCUCAGUGGCUACUGCGCAGUCGUGCUGCUGACGGGGUUGCUUGUGGUCGUUCAGCUCAAAAGUGUUGCCGAAGUCGACACGCGCCGCAAGAUCUUCCACGGGAUGAUGGUGCUGAUGUUCUUGCCUACUAUUUUUGUCGACCCCGCAUUCUGCGCCCUGGCGUUGGUUCUGGUCCUUUCGGUCUUCCUUCUAUUGGACCUAUACCGCGCGUCCCAGCUACCCCCAAUCUCGCGACCACUCACCAAUUUCCUGGCGCCGUAUGUUGACGGCCGGGAUCACCGAGGCCCGGUUAUCAUCUCCCACAUCUUCCUGCUGAUCGGUUGCUCUAUCCCGCUCUGGCUUUCUAUCUCCGACCUCCCACGGACCGGCCUGGGACCCUGGGCUGGAUGGGAAAUCCCAUCACGAGACGUCAGCAUGGCGAGUGGUGUUAUUUGUGUGGGCAUGGGCGACGCAGCGGCAUCCCUCAUCGGCCGACGUUACGGUCGACUGAAAUGGUUCUGGGGAGGGGGCAAGUCCCUCGAAGGCAGUGUUGCUUUUGUGGCAGCGGUAACCAUCGGGCUGAUCAUAGUUCGUGCCUGGCUGGUAAUAGGGGGAUGGCCCGUGUCUGGCGUCGAAGGCGUUGUGGCACGGGGGCCGUUUUCCCUUCACUUCUGGUUCUGGACUUCGUGCAAGGCGGUUCUGGCGGCCGCUGGAACUAGCGCCACCGAAGCGAUCCUCACUGGUUGUAAUGAUAACGUCGUGGUCCCCGUGGUGUUGUGGCUGUUAGUGCGGGGUCUUGGCGUUUGA